AGAGAGAGAGAAGAAAAUGAUGAUAAACAUUUUCUCAUCUUCACAUCAUCUUAAAGGUCAUUUACCUUCAACCAGAAAACCAGAAAAACCCGAAAAGGGCGGAGACUAAAUGGAGAAGAAAAAGGGAUGGAACAAUUUCCUCCCCUAGUAACCGAACCAACUUUCGGUUGUCAAGCUUGUUGACAGUUAAUCUUGAGCUUUGUCGAGAUUGAAUGUUUUUAAUAUAACAACAAUCAUUUUCUUUAUUAUGAUUUAACAAAAGAGAAAUUAAAUCAACCAAUUAAAAAGGAAUUAAUUUAAUUUCACCUUUACCAGUGAUUGUGUAAAUUGUGAAUUCUUUCAAUAAAUAUAAAGGUUAAUGUGAUUUCCAAAUGAAUGUGGUAAAUUCUAUGUUUUAAAUGUGAUAUUUUUCUUUUCUCUUUUCAUAUUCUCUAAUAUAUUAAAUUCUCAUCUUCUUCUCUCCAUCAAUCCAGUUAUAUCAUCAAUUCAUUUUCUCAUCUUAAAUCAUCUUACAUCUUGUUAUUCUUUUUUUUUCUUGCCUCUCUUUUUCUUCUUCUUUAUUCUUGAUCAUCUUCAAUUGGAACACUUUCAAUUCUCUCUCUCUCUCUCAAUAUCAUCAUCAUUCUCAAACAUCGUUAUUAAAUUCAACCCAAAGGAUGGAUGCACCUAUUGAAGGAUAUUAUUGUUAUUCUCAUGAUUGUGUUUAGUGUUUGUGAUUAUAUUGUUUUCCAUUUGUCUCUCUCUGAUAUAUAUCAUCGUCAUCUGCAUCAUCAUCAUCACCAUUAUUUUCGCCAUUUAUUGUAAUACAAAAGUUAUAAUAGUAAUUAACCAGAGAGCGUAGAGAGUUGAAGAGGAGGUUGAUUAGUAAAAUUAUCAUUGCGAUAAUUUUCUGUUUUUUUUUCUUCCAUCAUCAUCAUCAUCAUCAUUUCUAUUCUGUUCUCCUACAACAAAUAUCAUCUCAUAUCUUUGAUCGUCCUUCAAGUUUCUCUCUCUCUCUCUCUCUCCCAUUAUUAUUAUUCAUAUGUGUGUUUUAAUGUGUGAUAAAUAAAAAAGGAAAUCAGGAUAAAGAAGAAGCUAAAAAAUAAAUAAUAAGGAUCAUCACCAAUGCUAAUUUGUCCCUCAUGCUGUGAGUUAUGUAUAAAUGGUAUUUGUUAACUGAAUCACCAGCAUCAUCAACCUUAAAACAGGGCAACUCUCUCAUCAUCCUUAUCACCAUCGUCAAUACGACCAUCAACAACAACAACAACAUCACCACCAGCACCUUAAACAUCAGUAAAUCCAUCAGCGGCAUUAGCCUAAUACUAAUUUCAAUCGAUUUGAUCACCACCACCAAAGGAAAAAAAUCCGUUGAUUAUCAAUCUUUUACAUCUCAAUUAUUAUCAAUCUCGAUAUUAAAUCAACACCAACAGCGAUUUACCUUCUACUCAUCUUCUUUUCCACCAUUUAUCAGCAGGAGUUAUGGCCUACAAAUGGAGAGAUGAAAUUGUUGGUAAAAGGUUUUUAUGUGUAACAACAGUUUCAUCGAGUAAAAUUAAAGUGAAAAAAAUCAACGAAUGGAUUUGGCGUCAAGGAAUCAUUCGAGCUUCAAAUAGGCCUCAUUCUCAACACAACGAUUUAACGGUAUUAGUUGAAUACGAUGGUGUUGAUUGGCGGAAACGGGAAUGGAUCAAAGUUUAUGAUCAACAAUUUACCGUUUUCCUAAUUGAAUACAGUAUUGUUUGGUCAACCCGGAAGGAAACUGUUGUUGGUCAAAAUAAUCAUUGGCUUGCCUUGAACUUUAAACUUCUCGUUGACAAAAUUGGCCUUAGGGAAUCACAAUUAAAACCAAUCGAGUAUCUUGAUGAUAGACAAUUAGAUUUCGUUAAUUACAAUGAUCUUAAAUUAUAUGAGGAAGGUGAUUUAACAAAAACUCCCUACAAGAGUGUCUCAUGUUUGGAUAAAUAUAUACGCCAAUGGGCUGAAUUUCAGAAUAGCCAGAAAAUUUUACUCACCACACCUUCAGUUCUGGUUGGUUAUCGGGUCAAAGUGUAUCGGUCAGAAGGGACUACCCAAUGGUACACAGCGGUGAUUUUAUCAUACAAUGAAAACACCAAGGAAUUAACAUUAACCGAUGAUACUGUUCUUGAGGAACGUAAUGAAGAUCCAACUUUGGUUCAGAUGAAAUUGAUUGGUGAUGGAGUUGUGGAAUCGAUAUUAAAAGGAGAAGAAAUCGGAAUUACUCCUCGUAGACGUGCCUGUAAUCAAAAUUCACGAGAAUCAUUAACUAAUAGUAACAAUACAAUUAAGGAUUCUAAUUACAACAGUUGUAGUAGUAAUAUUAAUAGUAAUAAUAACUCUGCUAAUUGUAACAGUAAAAAGUUAACUAAUCCAAUAAGCAGUAAUAAUAAUAAUCAACCAACAAUCAAUUCUAAUCAUCAUAUCCACCAUUCAAAUCGAGUUAAAAAUCCAAAUAAUUUGGUUAAUAAUAAUAAUAGUAGCAAUUUAAACGUCAAUGAUAAUACAAAUAAUCAUUUAACCACAACAACAAUUAAUAAUAAUCAUCAAACUGAUAGUAACAACGUUAAUACUACAGGCAAUGAAAAGAGAUUGCUGUUAAAUCAACAACACCAACACCACCACCACAACCAACAACAGGAUCACCAUCAAAGCAUUCAGAAUCAACUAAUUGUAUUGCUAGUGUGAU